AUGUUGCAGAAAAUUCUCAGCGAGGCCGAGAUUUUGAAGCGGUUCGACGCCCUCGUAGAAAGCGGUGACGUCCGAUACGACAAGAACACCAAGGUGGUUCCUGUUGUCGACCAAGGCUUCAAGUUUCUCUUCAUGGUAGCCUCCAGCUUGAGCCAAAAGCCCAACACACCCGAAGAGAAGGACGUCACGGAGCAGACUCUGAAACCGCCUCUGGAGCCCGGAAGCGACAUCAACACGGCGGGCUUCGAGAUCUGCGACGUCGGCACCAAGCACCGGCUCUGCGCCAACAAGUUCUGCUACACGAGGCCGCAGCUGCUCCUGCUCACGCGCGACGGGUUCAAGCGACAGUGGGACCCACUCGAGGCGGUCGAUCUGGACGGCAUCUGGACGGUGCUCCGGGACGGCCAGUUUGCCUUUUACAACUGCGGCGUCGCGGCCGGCUUCAGCCGCCUGCACAGGCACAUGCAGUUUGUGCCCCGGCCCGAGGGGUUCACCACUUUUCUCGAUGCGGACGAGCAUGACCAGGGUGGUGGUCAGGGCGGCGACGGCGGCUCGGCAAACGUGCCGUUUCUGUACUUUCGGCGGGCCCUGGACGGAUCCGGUCAAGGCUUGAAGGAGAUCUACGACGGGCUGAGGGACGAAAUGGCGACGCGCUCAAAGUUCCGAGCCGAGGGACCGGGAACCGACUGUCCGCACAACCUCAUCAUGACGAGGCAGUGGAUGGCGGUGAUACCGAGGCGGAGUUCGGUGCUCGGCCCUGCAUCGACAAAUUCCAUUGGGAUGAUGGGGUUGGUACCGGUUUCUACGAUGGAGAGCGUCGAGGAAUGGAAGAGUCUCGGCCCUUUGAAUGUGCUCAAGGAGUUUGGAGUGCCAAGGGAUGGCAGCUGA